CGCAUGUACUACAUUUUAUAUUAUAGUCGUCAAAAUUAUCAUAGCGAUCGUAAUAUCGUAGAUUAUUUUGUAUUCAGUCGAAUUUGCUGCUCGCAUGUCGAUUGGGAAUAGUGUUUCGUAUUUCGUGUUCGUAAAUUGUAAUACUCUGAUAAAUAAUUAUUAAAUUAAGAAUGUGUUUUCUUAUUUAUGAAUAUGUUUCUAUUUAAAAUCGCUCUUUGAUUUCGUAAUAUUGAAAACAAUAAAUUUGAAUAAAUUCAAACCCCGUAUUAGAGCUUAAAACGUCCUUAAUUUCUUGAUGACUGUAGACAUAAAAACUUUAUAAAUGCCUUCAAUCACUUCACUGAUUUUCUAUGUUGCUAUGGUGUUGGUCGCGUUUUAUCUCCAUGACCGAAACAGCACCAAUAUCAGAUUACUCGAAUCUUAUGAAUAUAAUAUAAACAUAACAUUCGGCCCACUGAACCUAGGAAACGAUUCUUCUUGUAACGCACUUGACUUUCAACUGAAUUACAAAAAACAUGAAGAUCUUGGGAUAUUUUUAUCCAAUCACGCUAGUUACAUGUCCAUGGUGAGUUUGUUCAAACUCUGGACGAGCCAACGAAAUGAUAAAAUAUUCUUUGGCACUCUAAGGCUCAAUGACAAAACUGUUAGUGCUGUAGCAAAAGGACCUGGACGUAAUUGUUUUGAAAUGUUUGAGCAAACAGUCAACAUCGCUACAGAUAUAGAUACAAUUAUAACUUAUGGCCAAUGGACCUUGUUACCGCCAAGUGAUGAUAGCCGCAGCCUUGAAAUAUGUUCCAAAGACAUUAAAUCGUUUCAAAAUGCAUUACUUUACAGUUUUUUCAACACUGUUAUUAGUAACAAUAGCGAUAAUAAAGCUCAUUCGUUGAUAGAAGCAUGGAUCGCUGCACAUGUGAGUGUUGAGCUUCUUGUUCUAAAGGUAUUACAUGGAUAUCGUUAUGUACCAAAUAUUUAUGCUACAUGUGGGCGAGUAUAUUUUGUUGAGGAUUGUGGUUAUACCUUACAAUAUCAUAUGAGUAAGAUGAAUUUGAGCAAUAGACUAUUAGUGGCCAAAGAGUUACUAACGUUGGCGUUGGAGCUUGCAGAUGGUACUGCUCAUCAAAGUUAUUCAUUUUAUCUAACCGAUUUAACAGCAGAUAAUAUAGCUGUACAAUUGAAUUCAACAUCAGGAUUAUUACAAUCAUUGAAAGUAAUUGACUGGAGUGAUGUUAUAAUAGUGGUCAAUAACCAUAGUAUGGAGAAAACUGAUAAUGACAAUAAACAUGUAAGUAAACAUAUUGAUUGUGGACCUGGAUGUUUAUCUUAUUCAAAAGAAGACAUUUGUCAAUCGAGGAUUAGUGAUCACAAUAUAUAUGCUGUUUGCAAAGAAUUCUUAAGCAACGAUGGAAGACUGUUACACGAAAUAACAGACUUAGAUAAAACUAUUAAGUCACCAGAAAAGGAAGUCAAAAACCUUGCAUCUUUAUUGAAUAAUUGCUUGUGGAAUUUUGAUUCUGAAAAGCAAUCUGAAACAAAUAGGUUUGAUACCGCUAAAUUGAUAAUAAAAUCAAUUCAACUCAUUUAUGACUUUGAAACAUCUAGUAUAACUAAUAAUGCUUAAUAAAUAAAAAAAAAAUUUUGUACAAUGAUAUUACACCAUUAAAAAGUGGAUAAGAUACAGAGACUGAGUGUUAAGGUCCGCACACACUGCAACGUUAGUGGUAGCAUUAAAAUAUCACUGCUGCAUUGUGUGCUGGCUCUUUAACAUAUUUUACCUUCAAAAUUAACUAUUAAUUUUAGCCUAUUUAUCUAUAGUUGAGAUAUUUUAUGUUAUCUUAGGUUAAUUAUAGUUGAAACCUAUGAAUACCUACUCUUAAUUUUAUGAUUUUGAUACAUUUAUCUUUUUUUUUUCAACCAUUGAUUAAUAUUUUUCUAAGAACAACUGUAAUGUAUUAAUUGGCUAAUUAAUGUAUAUUUUUUUGACGGCAGUAUCCAAUUUUGGAAUAAGAAUGUUUAAUUUCAUUCUGAUGUUUAAGCUCAUGAUUUUGUUGUUUAAAAAUACUAAAUGCUUAUGUAAUAUCAAAUUAAAAAUUGGAUACUGUAUAUUGUGUAUGUUAUCAUUUAUCUCAUUUAUAAUUUCAGCUUUACACACUCCAAUCUAGAUGUAUGUAUGCAUUGCAAUGACUGUAUUAAUUAAUUAUCAAAAUAAACAAUAUAAUAUUUUAAUAAUUUUA